AUGCUUCACAAGCCGACUACUCCCGCCCCAUCUACCGCCGCAUCUGCCGGCGGAUCUGCCGGCGCAUCUACUGGCGCCGCUUCUUCAUCUUCCCCGGCAGCGUCUGCUGUCUCGACAAGCACCGCUUCCUGCGGUGGGCCAAAUGUAACGGCGGGAGCCGUCGCGACAGGGAGCCGCAGCGCUACGUUACGAACGUCGACGCCGAACCGAACCGCCUCCUCUCCCUCCUCUUCCUCGUCGCCUACUAUCGCGUUUCCGAAUCUCCAGUCGCCGUACUUCCCGUUUGAGGACCCGGAUUUCUUGGAAGCUUUCGAAACCGCCGCAUCGCGGCAUGCUGAACUGCGUGACGAGGCGCUUCGACGACCGUCGAUUGACGAACGAGCCUCUGCACUUCGCGACGGAUUUUCGAAGCCGAAAGAUUCGGAAGAAGCGGCGGAGGGGAGUUACGAUCUGUCGGUUGCCGAACGGGCGGUUCAACUCUCGUGUCGUCUCACGAAGAAGGUUCAGGCGCAGCUGCGGCGCGAGGCGGAAGAUGUAACGCGGUCCAAGCCGGACAGGUCGUACGUUACUGUAGCAGACUGGGGGGUUCAGGCGGUUGUUAGCUGGGUCCUGAAGCAGGCUUAUCCGGGGGAGGUGGUAUCUAUGAUUGCGGAGGAAGAUACGAAGCAGCUGACGAACGACGCGGGAAGCGCGAUUCUCUCGCGGCUCGUCGGCGUAGUUAACGAGUGCCUUGCUGAGGCGCGUUUGGUCGGUAUUGAGCCGCCGGAGCGCCCGCUUGAGGCACCAGAGGUGCUGGAGUUGAUAAAUCGCGGUUCGUCAGAAGGCGGCGCGGUUGGGCGGCAUUGGAUACUAGAUCCGGUGGACGGCACGCUUGGAUUCGUUCGGGACGAUCAAUACGCAGUCGCUCUGGCGUUGCUAGAUUCGGGCAGCUUAAAACUCGGUGUCUUAGGCUGCCCAAAUUUCCCGGUCAGGCCGGGGUGGCUACGACAUCCGCACCGCUUUCACCGGAUAACAUCAAAACUUUUCCCAUCCCGCGAUUGGCGAGAAGGAGUGGUGCUGAAAGCGCUCCGGGGUCAUGGCGCCUUCGUCGAGCCGCUCGUAGGAGGCAAUCCCGCAGCAAUAGCCGCCGCGAAGGCUCCCCCUAGCGGCAGCAACGGUGGCAGCAGCGGUGGCAGCAGUCGCCGCACGAAGCUGGAUCCUGAUUGGAGCGCGACGAGCGCCUCCAACAGCCACGUGGCUCGCAUCCACGUGUCCGAAGUGUGCGAGCCGUGCCGCGCGACUUUCUGCGAGCCGGUUGAGAAGGCGAACUCGAACCAGACGUUCACGGCAGGCCUGGCGGACCUCCUGGGAAUCAGUAACGCUCCUCUCCGUGUGUACAGCAUGGCAAAGUAUGCUGCUAUAGCCCGCGGCGAUGCGGAUAUUUUCAUGAAAUUCGCGCGCAACGGUUACCAGGAGAAGGUCUGGGACCACGCUGCAGGGGUGGUGAUUGUGGAGGAGGCGGGCGGCGUUGUGACGGAUGCGGGCGGCAAGCCCUUGGAUUUUACCAAAGGCCGUUUUUUGAGCUCGCUUGAUAGAGGGAUAGUGGCAUCGAGCAGCUUGGAGCUGCACCAGCAGCUACUGACGGCCAUUGAUGCAAGCUGGCGAGUGUACCACGGAGGGGAAUUCACCCCACAAGAUACCAACACCCUGCUGAUGCUCCAGCAGCAGUAUCUUAUCCAGGUGGAUGUGCCAUGUGGGAAUUCCGCAAGGCCCUUUGAGGGCCCCAACCAAGAACUUCUUUGGCUCCGCCGGCAGAAGCUGUUUCCUUUGCCUGCUGCCGCUUGCGACUUGCCCAGUCAGAAUGGCUGUGAGGACUUGCAUGGGGGGAAUGCUCAACAGCAUGGCAACAAUGCUGAUUUGGGAUGUUGUUAG